AACAUCGCUCGCCGCGUCGUCAAAACACAAUCCAUUUUGUUUCAAAACACACUUCGUACUUUCCGAAUAAUCCUCUUCAAAAAAGAACAAAAUCUUGCAUAAAAACGUUACUCUAUUUUACACUCUACCAAACUUUCCUCUUUCUUCAUUUUCUCCUACUUUUAUCAUCACCACACUUUCUACAUUGUUGUGCCAUUCCCCUGAUUUUUUUUCCCAAGGUGGUAUCAAUUUUGUUCAAAAAACCAAACAAACCAAACAACAUUCAUAUAUACAAGAUUGAAACUUUGAACCUUAAACACUGUUUAACGUUUCUGGGCCGGCCUUAUUUUUUGUUUAGUAUCAUGAAUGCAUGAGAAUUUGUAGUUCUGUUCUGUUCUGUUCUGUUCUGUGUUAGUGUUUGUUGUUGGAAUUGGAACUAUUAAACAAAGUUUGGUUUUUGUUUAUUAGUUUUUGAAAAAAUCUUGAUCUGUACUUUGGACUCAGUCUUGUUUUCAGUUGACAGUGUCAGACACGCGUUUGAUUUGCCAUUAGGACAAUCUUCAAUCCAUUUGCUCGGUUGUCUUUGAUUAGGUUUUGUAAUCUAAUUCAUCAAUAAUCAUCAUCAUGGGUUCUAGACCAUAUUUGAAAAAAGGGGGUUCUUUGGUGAGGAUUUCUCAAUUGAGCAAUGAUAUGGAUCAAGAAACUGAGAGUCUUGCUACAUACACAGUGCAAGUUCCUAUAACACCUGAUAACCAACCUAUGUCGGCGAAGGAUAUUACUCUUGAGAGAUCAACCUCUAGGAGAGUGGAGGAUCAAUAUGCGUCGAGUUCUAUGUUUACAGGCGGUUUUAAUCAGGCUACUAGAGCUCAGUUCAAGGAUAAGGUGAUUGAGUCCGAAUCAAGUCAUCCUCAGAUGGCCGGGACUAAAGGGUCGGCGUGUGAGAUGUCGGGGUGUGAUGGAAAGGUCAUGACUGAUGAAAGAGGUUUGGAAAUACUUCCUUGUGAGUGUGAUUUCAAGAUUUGUAGGAAUUGUUAUAAGGAUACUUUGAGGAAUGGUGAAGGGGUUUGCCCUGGAUGUAACGAGGCUUACAAAGAGCAAGCAAUGGAAGAGGCUGCUGCUGCGGUUAAUCGACAAUCACUACCUUUGCCACCUGGUGCGUCGAAGAUGGAGAGGAGGUUGUCGAUGAUGAAAUCGGGGAAUUUGAUGAGGAGCCAAACUAAUGAAUUUGAUCAUGCUCAAUGGUUGUCUGAGACUAAAGGGACUUAUGGAUAUGGAAACGCUAUGUGGCCUAAAGAUCCGGUGAAUGGUGCUAGUUCUAGUUCUGGUUCUGAUUGGAUGGGGGGUGACCCUAAUGCUUUCAAAGAAAAGCCGUGGAGGCCGUUGACCCGGAAACUGAAUAUUCGUGCUGCAAUUCUGAGUCCUUAUCGGCUCAUAAUAUUAGCUCGGAUGGUGAUUCUGGUUCUCUUCCUUCACUGGAGGGUAGUAAACCCGAAUGACGAUGCAAUGUGGCUGUGGGGCAUGUCCGUAGUUUGUGAAAUCUGGUUUGCAUUCUCCUGGCUUCUUGACCAGCUCCCUAAGCUCUUUCCGAUAAAUCGUGUUGCUGAUCUCGACGUUUUGAAAGAGAAGUUCGAAACUCCUAGUCCAGCAAAUCCAACAGGGAAAUCUGAUCUCCCGGGAAUUGAUAUGUUUGUGUCAACUGCCGAUCCAGAAAAAGAGCCACCCCUUGUUACCGCAAAUACCAUUCUUUCAAUUCUAGCAGUUGAUUACCCUGUUGAUAAACUCGCAUGUUAUGUCUCUGACGACGGCGGUUCACUUCUAACUUUUGAGGCCAUGGCCGAGGCAGCAAGUUUUGCGGAGUUGUGGGUUCCUUUUUGUCGGAAGCACGACAUUGAACCAAGGAACCCGGAAUCUUACUUUAGUUUGAAGAGAGAUCCCUACAGGAACAAAGUACGUUCGGACUUUGUUAGGGACCGCAGGAAGGUGAAGCGCGAGUAUGAGGAAUUCAAGGUUCGGAUUAAUGGCCUUCCUGAUUCAAUCCGGAGGCGCGCUGAUGCUUAUAAUGUUAGAGAGGAGAUCAAAGCUAUGAGGCUAUGGAGAGAGGCUGCAAAUGAUGAACCGAUGGAGAAUUUGAAAAUUUCUAAAGCUACAUGUAUGACCGAUGGUACUCACUGGCCUGGGACUUGGACAACUCCUGCACCAGAGCAUUCUCGGGGUGAUCAUUCCAGUAUCAUACAGGUGAUGUUGAAACCUCCAAGUGACGAGCCACUAACCGGCCCAGAAUCAGAUUCAAAUGGCAUGAAUUUAACCGAAGUUGAUAUUCGUCUUCCUAUGCUAGUCUAUGUUUCUCGUGAAAAAAGACCUGGCUAUGAUCACAAUAAGAAAGCGGGGGCCAUGAAUGCCUUGGUUCGAGCUUCAGCCGUAAUGUCUAAUGGUCCUUUCAUACUUAAUCUUGACUGUGACCAUUACAUAUAUAACUCUGAGGCAAUCAGGGAAGGUAUGUGCUAUAUGAUGGACCGCGAUGGGGACAAGAUCAGCUAUGUUCAAUUUCCUCAAAGGUUUGAAGGAAUCGACCCAUCAGAUCGGUAUGCCAAUCAUAACACUGUCUUCUUUGAUGUCAAUAUGAGAGCUCUCGAUGGUAUUCAGGGUCCUGUUUAUGUUGGUACUGGAUGCUUAUUUCGAAGAACUGCACUCUAUGGCUUUGAUCCUCCCCGAGUUCAAGAAGAGGCCACCGGUUGGUUUGGCAGUAAGAAAAAGAAUUCCUCAACAGUUGCCUCAGUCCCUGACGUAGAGGAUCAAUCUUUGAGGAAUGGUGGUAGCAUUGAUGAAGAAGAAUUGAGUAGCGCUCUUAUUCCUAAGAAAUUCGGCAACUCGACCCUUUUUGUUGACUCAAUCAGGGUGGCAGAGUUCCAAGGGAGACCACUUGCUGAUCAUCCUUCCAUCAAAAAUGGACGUCAACCUGGUGCUCUAACACUUCCUCGAGAUCUUCUUGAUGCUGCUACUAUCGCUGAGGCAAUCAGUGUCAUCUCAUGCUGGUAUGAAGAUAAGACCGAAUGGGGAGAUAGAGUUGGAUGGAUUUACGGGUCGGUAACCGAGGAUGUUGUGACAGGUUAUAGAAUGCACAAUAGAGGAUGGAGGUCUGUGUAUUGUGUGACCAAGAGGGAUGCCUUCCGUGGUACUGCUCCAAUCAAUUUGACAGACCGGCUUCACCAAGUUCUUCGAUGGGCAACUGGCUCGGUCGAAAUAUUCUUUUCACGGAACAAUGCAAUCUUGGCUAACUCUAGACUGAAAUUUUUGCAAAGGAUUGCUUAUCUUAAUGUUGGAAUAUAUCCAUUCACUUCAUUCUUCCUCAUUGUUUAUUGCUUCCUCCCGGCUCUUUCACUCUUCACCGGCCAGUUCAUAGUCCAAUCCCUUCAAGUCACUUUCUUAAUUUACCUCUUGGGAAUCACCGUGACACUUAUUCUUCUUGCUAUUCUUGAGAUCAAAUGGUCAGGCAUCGAACUCGAAGAAUGGUGGAGAAACGAGCAAUUCUGGUUGAUAGGAGGCACAAGUGCACAUUUUGCUGCAGUUCUUCAAGGUCUACUCAAAGUUAUAGCCGGCAUCGAGAUCUCAUUCACUUUAACAUCAAAAUCCUCCGGCGAUGAUGAAAACGACGAGUAUGCUGAUCUCUACAUCAUCAAAUGGUCCUCCUUGAUGAUACCACCACUCACAAUCAUGAUGGUUAACUUAAUCGCAAUUGCAACUGCGGUUAGUAGGACUAUAUACAGCGAUGAUCGUCAAUGGAGUAGUUUACUCGGAGGCGUAUUCUUCAGUUUUUGGGUAUUGGCUCAUUUAUAUCCAUUUGCAAAAGGGCUUAUGGGUAGAAGAGGUAGAACACCAACAAUUGUGUUUGUUUGGUCAGCAUUAAUAUCAAUCACUAUAUCACUUCUAUGGGUUGCUAUUGAUCCUCCUUCUGGUAACAAUCAAAUUGGAGGGUCAUUCCAAUUUCCUUGAUUUUUUAGUGAUUAAUUUUCAAGUAGCCAUUGUAAGUAACAGUGACAGGUUUUUUUGGUUGUUUACAGUUUUUAGUUACCAUUCAUUGUUUGCUAAACAACUAUUGCUCAUAGAAUGAAAUAUAUCAUACUUUUUUUUUCUCUCUCUUCAUUUUCAUUGCCUUGUUCUAUGGUUCUGUGACAUUUUUUUAGGGGAGUCAUAUGAAGUUGAGAAAUUUUUGGUGUUAGAUUACUUUGUAUUGAAAUGUUGGAACCACAGGAAUUUGGAUUUCCAGUA